UGACAAAGACUGGACAGCCAGAGUUCAACUGGAGUUGCGUUUACAAUGAAGUGUCUGGGAAUUGUUGCCAUUGCCAUUCUGCUUAGCCUUUCUUGGGUCCAAGCUAAGCCGGAAAAGUGCCGGGAGACGCCUUCUAUGGCGGGAAUGGCCCAGGAUGGAGCUGCCUGCAUGGCUUUUAUGCCAGCCUGGACUUAUGAUGCCUCCAAAAAUGCCUGUUCCGAGUUCGUUUUCGGUGGCUGUGGAGGAAACUCAAAUCAGUUCUCCUCUCGAGAUGAAUGCGAAAAGAACUGCAAGGACUAAGCUAAAUGCAAACAAAAGUUCGCAUAACGGGCAAAACCCAACAAUUUUGUAAACUUAAAAGCAAAACAAACAACCGGCAAUCUUGUUUUGCAAAAAUAUACAAUGAAAAGAAAAAUAACAAAUAAACUUUACUAUAAUACGAAGGUUUGUUGUAUUU